AUGCUUCAUUUUGGCAGCGUACCAGCACUGAUAGUCUCCUCUGCUGAUGCAGUUCGAGAGAUAGUGAAAAACCAGGACCUGAUUUUCUCUCACAGGCCGAAAUCAAGCAUUAUGCAUAAAAUUGUUUACGGCUCUAAGGACAUAGCUUUUGCUCGUUAUGGUGAUCACUGGAGGCACGUUAGAAGUAUAGCGGUGCUUCAGCUUUUGAGCAGCAAAAGGGUUCAAUCUUAUCGUCAAAUAAGAGAAGAAGAAACGUCACUUAUGAUUGAGAAAAUUAGAAAUUUAUCCUCUUCUUCGACGUCUUUUAUAAACUUGAGCAAAGUAUUGGUGUCGCUUACUAAUGAUAUUAUAAGUAGAGUGGUCUUGGGGGGGAAAUAUAGUGGUGGAGAAGAAACUGAGAACUUCGAGUUGAUGUUGAAGGAAAUUGGGGAGUUAUUGGUUGCUUUUAACCCGGGGGAUUACGUUCCAUGGCUUAAGUGGAUUAAUCGUGUCAAUGGUUUGAAUGCCAGACUGGAGAAAGUGGCUAAAUCAUUUGAUGAAUUUUUGACGCGUGUAGUUGGAGAGCACAUAAGUCUAAAGCAAGGAAAGACAGACCGUGAUGGGAGCAGCAAUGAAGUAGAUUUUGUGGACAUAUUGCUCGAAAUUCAGAGGGAGAACAGUUCUAGUUCACCUAUUGAAACUGAUACCAUUAAAGCUCUCAUUUUUGAUAUGUUUGGUGCGGGUGUUGAUGAACUUGCAUUGGCAAAAUUGAUGCAAACAUUCAACUUUGCAGCUCAAAAAGAUUUGGACAUGACUGAAGCUCCUGGAACCACUGUCCAUAUAAAGUUUCCUCUUCUUGUGACCCCAAUCCCCCAUCUUGCUAGUAACUAA